UUAGGCGCGGGAAAACGCGAAGCACAGAAGAAGGCAUCAGAAGUGAAUCUCGUACGCACUCUCUUAACAGAGUGCGUUAACAGAUGGCGAAGAGGAACUCUCGUGGCCGAUGUUGUUAUAUAAGUCCAACCCCUCAAUCCGCGCUUUUCCAUCAAAACUCAAAGCCAGUGCUCUCGAGUUUCUCACUAACACACUCUCUUCUCUUGAUAUAAGGCUUCUGUUUUUGGAAUCGGCUGAGAUGACUUUGAGUAACGGAAAGGUUGAUGCCCCAGCUUGCAGUGGCGAUGCAAAGAAGACUUUCAAGGUCUUCGUGGGAUAUGAUCCCCGCGAGGAUAUUGCUUUCGAGGUCUGCCGCUAUUCGCUGCUGAAGCGGUCCUCGAUUCCGGUGGAGGUCAUACCCAUCAAGCAGCAGGAUCUGAGGAGCAAGGGCCUUUACUGGCGUGAGCGUGGCUCGACUGAGAGCACAGAGUUCUCUUUCACUCGGUUCUUGACUCCAUAUCUUGCCAAUUUCGAUGGCUGGGUAAUGUUCGUGGACUGUGACUUUCUUUACACGGCAGAUAUAAAGGAAUUGAAGGAUCUGGUCGAUGAUAAGUACGCAAUUAUGUGCGUUCAGCACGAUUAUGCGCCCAAAGAAAGCACCAAGAUGGAUGGGGUUGUGCAGACUGUUUACCCACGAAAGAACUGGUCUUCCAUGGUGCUUUAUAACUGUGGACAUCCGAAAAAUCGGAUCUUGACGCCCGACGUGGUGAAUUCACAGACAGGUGCUUACCUUCACAGAUUUAUGUGGCUCGAGGAUCAUGAGAUUGGGUCGAUCCCAUUUGUAUGGAAUUUUCUAGUGGGUCAUAACAACGUCGAUGAGAACGACCCGGCAACAUCCCCUAAGGCCAUACAUUAUACUUCUGGUGGUCCUUGGUUUGAGUCCUACAAGAAUUGUGAGUUCGCUGAGCUGUGGGUGAAUGAAUUGGAAGCAUACAAGAAAGAAACGAAGUUGGAUUGAAUGAAGAAAUAAAAAUGAGGUAGAUUAAGUACACUUCAUGGAGAAGUGUACUCUUCUUCAGUGAUCACAUAGGUAUUGCAGGCAUCUGGUCUAUGUAAUGUUUCAUUCCUUUCUUCAAUAUCAUUGUAAUUGAGAACUUGUUAUGAAUGAAUAUUAAUUAGUACUGUAAAACCUGUCUCGGGUUUUUAUGCCUCACUGCUGCGUUUAAGAUGGUUAAA